AUGAUUCAUCAAACUCAACACUAUUUAAUCACACACUUUAUGACUGGAGAGACUUGAUUUUAUCUCGGCUCUGACAAACAGUCACUCACUAACUUCUGUAUUGUUCUUCCUGGAGUCAUGGGGAAAGGAUUUUACAUCGGUAAGAGACUAAGGUUUGUCUUUCUUGUGUUAGGAAUCAGUGCUGUGGUUUCUAUUCUUGCUUUGUCGGUGAUCUACUCCAAGGAGAAGCGCAAGUCGCCACCAUCGAACAACCCGUGGGACAAAUACAGACUGCCUGAUUCGCUGUCUCCGCAGUUCUACAAUGUGACCCUGUGGCCUCGGUUGGUGAUGGACGAGCGAGGCAUGUAUUUCUUCACUGGGACCUCUGGAGUGGCAUUCACCUGCCUCAAGGAGACAGACCUGAUCCUGAUUCAUUCCAAUAAACUGAACUACACAUUGACUCCGCAGACACACCAUGCGAUGCUGACUGGUUUGGGAGGGACGUUGGCUCCAGCUAUCCUGAAAACCAGGCUUCAGAUCCAAACCCAGUUUAUGGUCAUUCAUCUGAAAGAUAAACUGCAAGUGGGGAAAUCCUAUUGGCUCCACACAGAAUUCCGAGGAGAGCUGUCGGAUGACCUGGGAGGAUUUUACAGAAGCGAAUAUGUUGAAAAUGGUGUCAAAAAAGUUCUUGCUACAACACAAUUCCAGCCAACAGAUGCGAGGAAAGCUUUCCCCUGCUUUGAUGAACCAGCAAUGAAGGCUGUCUUCCAUGUAACUCUCCUCCACCCUCCUGAAACCGUCGCCCUGUCUAACGGCAUGGAGCUGGGCACAGAAAUCAUCAUCAUAAAUAAUCAAAAAGUUUUACGGACCAGAUUUGAGCCAAGUGCAAAAAUGUCGACAUAUCUGUUGGCUUUUGUCGUCAGCGAAUUUACACAAAUACAAUCAUCACCAGAGGCGGAUAUUUUGAUCAGAAUCUGGGCACGGAGAGAAGCCAUUGAAACCGGACAGGGAGAUUACGCCCUUAAACUGACAUUCCCAAUAUUAAAGUUUUUUGAAAUGUAUUACAACACCACAUACCCCUUAUCAAAAUCAGACCAAAUCGCACUGCCUGAUUUCAGUGCUGGUGCCAUGGAAAACUGGGGUCUGGUCACAUACAGAGAAACAUCCCUCCUCUAUAAUCCCAAAGUGUCCUCCAUUGCCAACAGACAGUUGGUGGCAACUGUCAUCUCACAUGAGCUUGCACACAUGUGGUUUGGAAAUCUUGUGACUAUGAGUUGGUGGAACAACGUGUGGCUCAAUGAGGGAUUUGCCACAUACGUUUCAUAUCUUGGAGCUGAUUAUGCCGAGCCUACCUGGAAUAUUAAAGAUCUGAUGGUGCUGCAUGAGCUUCAGGGAGUUUUUGAAGUCGAUGCUCUGGUUUCCUCACACCCGCUGUCUUCACGAGAGGACGAAAUCUCCACACCUGUUCAUAUCAAUGAACUGUUUGACACAAUCACCUAUAGCAAGGGUGCUAUGGUACUGAGAAUGUUGUCCGAGUUUCUGUCAGAGCCCAUCUUUGCUAAAGGACUUUCUAACUAUUUGCAGCAGUUUGCAUAUGGCACCACGGUGUACACAGACCUUUGGAAAAAAUUGCAGGAAGUGGUGGAUGCAGACUCAAGCGUGCAUCUCCCAGCGUCUAUAAAGGAAAUAAUGAAUCGGUGGAUUCUUCAGAUGGGUUACCCGGUAGUGACUGUUAACACUAACACAGGAGGUAUCUCUCAACAGCACUUCCUAAUAGACUCUGAAGCCAAAGUGGACAGUCCUUCUGAAUACAAUUACGAAUGGUUUGUGCCCAUUACGUGGAUGAAGAAAGGAGUUAACAUGGGACAGCACUGGUUGCUUUCAAAAACAGCAACACACGAGCCCAUGAGAACAAAUACGGAGUGGGUAUUGGCCAAUGUGAAUGUCACAGGAUAUUUCAGAGUUAACUAUGAUCUGCAGAACUGGGAGCGUCUCCUCACACAACUAAGUUUAGAUCAUAAAGCUAUUCCAGUUCUAAACAGGGGUCAAAUUAUCGAUGAUGCGUUUAAUUUGGCGAGGGCAAACAUUAUCCACACAACUCUUGCCCUGAGCAUGACUAUGUAUCUCUCAGAGGAGAGGGAGUAUAUACCGUGGGAAUCCGCCAUAAAGAAUUUACGUUAUUUCUUUCUGAUGUUUGAGCGAUCAGAAGUUUAUGGACCACUAAAGAUGUACUUGCGAAGGAAAGUUCAACCUCUUUUCGAUCACUUCAAAGUUAUCACAUCAAACUGGACUCAGAUACCCUCAGGACACAUGGACCGAUUUAAUCAAGUGAAUGCGAUCUCACUGGCCUGCAAAACAGGGGUCGAUGGAUGCUUAGAGCUCACGAGAGUGUGGUACAGACGGUGGAUGGAGAACCCUUACAGUAACCCAAUUCACCCAGAUCUGAAGAGGACAGUGUACUGUAAUGCAAUCGCCUCAGGCGGAGUCGAGGAAUGGGAUUUUGGCUGGAAAAUGUAUAAGAACGCUAGCAUUGCAGCAGAGGCAAUGACACUUUUAUUUGCUCUGUCAUGCAGUAAAGAGCCCUGGCUGUUGAACAGGUUCCUGGAAUACACGCUUAAUUCAAGCGCGAUUAGGAAGCAAGAUGCUAGUUUGGUCAUUUCCUAUGUAAUACGCAGUGCAAUAGGACAACCUUUAAUUUGGGACUUUUUUAGAGCCAACUGGGAUUUUGGUGGUGGAUCGUUCGUAUUUGAAAGUCUGAUCCAAUACUUCUCAGAAAGGUUAACUACUCAAGUUGAACUUCAUCAGUUAGAGCGGUUUAAAGAGGAGUAUGCAGCGACGGGUUUUGGCUCUGGCACACGAGCGAUGGACCAGGCCAUUGAGACCACAAAAGCCAACAUUAAAUGGGUGUCGGAAAACAAAAAACAAGUGAUGGAUUGGAUGAUUAAACAUUCGACGUGAAAGCUGUUUCAUUGUGAAUAUCAACUAUUAGCUAACCAGGAGCGUUUCUUAAUGUACACCUUUUCAGAUGAUAACCCUGGUCGAGAAGAAUCUCCUGUUUCAGUUACACAAACAUUUGAACAAAAUAAAUCAACAAUUUCUUAACUUAAACCUGAAAGUACACGGCUUUUCCACACUGAAGGUCUCCAUUGAGUAAAAACGAGCUAAUAAAAUAUUUCAAAUUCA